UGUGAAGAAUGUAUGACUAGUUAUAGUCCACAAUGUCCAGUACAUCGAGCUAUAGUAGUAUCAGAUAAAAUUGUAUUAUCAAGAGCCUGGUCUAGUCUACCACAGAUGUUACAGAUUUAUAGAUUUAAUAAAAUAGGUGUAUUUGCCAAGAAGCCUGUAAGCAAGAUGACUCAAUUUGGACCAUUUGUAGCUGAUAUGGUGAGCUCUCAAGAUGAUUUGACCAAUACAAGAUUUCUUCUUAUGGUAUUAAUGAAUUUUUUUUUAUAUUUUCAGUUAGAGAAGAAUGAUGGUACAUUAGGAUAUUUUGAAACAUCAGAUGAAAAUAAAUGUAAUUGGAUGAUGUUUGUUAGACCAGCUAGAAACUUUGCUGAACAGAACGUUGUUGCCUAUCAAUAUGGACAAGAUAUCUAUUUUACUGUCAUGAAAAAUAUAGAAGCAAGACAAGAACUUAAGGUUUGGUACUCAGCUCAUUAUGGUGCUAGAAUAGGCAUACCAAUACAUGAGAUUACAGAGAGAGAUAAGGAAGCUAUGGAUGAACAAGAGUAUAAAUUUCCUUGUUAUGAAUGUAAUAAGAAAUUUCGCUCAGCCCCAGCAUUACAGCGCCACUUGGUUGUACAUGAAGAAGCUGCAGCUAGAUGGUUUAGAAAUAAAGGAAAACAGAUGAAGAAUGGGGAAGGGGGAGAAUCUUCAGGCUAUCAACCAGAUUCUGAGAAGAUUAGAAGAACAAUACAAUCUAUGUAUAAAAGGAAAGGCAAAGAAACUGGAGGGAAUGAAUGGGUGUGCAUGCACUGUGAUCUAACUUUUGAUAACUCUAGUCUACUCAAUCUUCAUACAUUAACUCAUGCAGCUGAAGAUGUGGGCCUGGAGGAGAUCCAGAAGUUAUCAAGUGUUGCUGCCAGUAUUACCUCUGAAAAUGGUGAACCAUCUUCAGAUAAUGGAGUAGUGGCCUUGAAUACAAUCCUAGCCUGUCCAAUGUGCCAUGCUAAAUUUGAUGAUAAGAAUGAUUUGAUUGCUCAUGCAACUCAACAUGGUACUACCAAAAAGAAAUCCUUGAAUGCAUUGCGACCACAUAAAUGCACUAGCUGUUGGAAGGCUUUUGGUACACAAGAGCGUCUCAACAAGCACAUGCUCUGUCAUGGAUCAGAAGAAUCCAAACCAUUAGAAUGUAAUGUCUGUCAUAAGCGCUUAAUGAACAAUUCAGCCAUGGCAUGUCAUAUGAAGAUACAUAGUGAUAAGAAGUAUUAUUCUUGCCCCAUGUGUCAUGAAGGCUUUGAUCAAACACAUGGUUUAAAAGAACACUGUGCUACACAUGCUGUCAACGGUAUCUACACAUGUCAGGUGUGUCAAAAACAAUUCCCAGAUUUCAAUCAAAUUCGUAAACAUAUGAGGCACUUGCAUUCAGAAAAUGAAUAUCCUUGUUUGCAUUGUGAUAAAGUAUUUGCCAGACCUGAUAAGCUAAAGCUUCACAUGUUGAAACAUUCUACUCAUCGAGAGUUUAUGUGUGAAAACUGUGGACGUCAAUUUAAAAGGAAGGAUAAACUUAAAGAACACAUAAAAAGGAUGCACAUUGAACAAAAGGAAACUAAAAUCACAUCAUCAGAUGAAAGGGACAAGAAUUUAAAGAAAUUUGUACCUAAAGUACUUCCUACAGAUUACCAAAGGUUCAUCUACAAGUGUCAUACAUGUCUACUUGGUUUCAAACGACGUGGUAUGCUUGUCAAUCAUCUAGCUAAGAGACAUCCAGAUAUCACUCCUGACUUGGUACCUGAACUUAAUUUACCAAUCCUAAAAACUCAGAAAGAUUAUUACUGUCAGUAUUGUGAUAAAGUCUACAAAUCCAGCUCCAAAAGAAAGUCCCAUAUCAUCAAAAAUCACCCUGGGCUGGAUCUGCCAGCUAGCAGUCGUAAGAAAUCUCUUACUUUAGACAUAUCUGGAGUACCAAAUCCAACAUAUUCUCAAACUGUCGGAAGCAUCACAACUCUUCCUCAACAGUGUGUCUUCUGCCAUAAACAGUAUGCUAGUAAAGCUAAAUUAAUGCAACAUCAACGAAAGAAACAUCCAGAUUUAGUUCCUCCAUCUAAUGACAGACGAAAGUCUGGUUGUAAAGAAGAUCAAAUAACCACCACAACUGUACAGCUUGUUGAUCCAAAUCAACAGCAAUUAGAAGCUUAUCAAGAAGUUACUGUCACACAAGUUCCUCAAGUCCAUGAUUUACAAGCUGCUGAUCUAUUGACUCAAGCUAUGAGUGAGUUGACCCAGACACUUCAGGAAUACAGACCUGCUACAGGUGGUGACUAUCAUGCUCUAGCUGCUCGGAUAGCCCAAGGUGUACAAGGUCCAGCAAUGGUCCAUGUCCAACCUGCCCAGCUACAACAACUUCAACAUACAACCAUAGAACUGAGUCAUUUAGGAUCCACACUGGCUCAUGCCCAGAUCACUUCAUCACAACCUCCACAGUUAAUACCAGCUGGUACCAUUCUUACAGGAACUCCUCAACCACCUCAAUCAUUAAGUCCCCAGCCCCAGGCUCCUCAAGCUGUACCUGUAUCACUCGUUGUCACCAAUCCAGGAACCCCUAAUCUGGCUACAUCUGUCGCUAAUGGUUUGCCACAGAAUUAUGUACAAGGUGUUCGUCAAAACUGGCAACCUUACCAGGGCUUUAGAUAA